AUUAUAGCAAACUUAUUUUCUAUUUUUGAACCUUCGUCAAGAAUCUUCAAUUUUUCUUUAAACUGACUUUCAACUCUUCUAGGUCUAUUAUUCCUUCCUUAUCUUUAUUGAGCAUCUCCAUCUCGCUGAUCCUUAUGUUGAAGUGAUAUAAUGUUCACACUCCAUAAAGAAUUUAAAGCUCUACUAACAGUAAGUUGUGUAGGGUCUACUAUGUUUUUUGUCUCAUUAUUUUCACUAAUUCUUUAUAAUAAUUUUUUAGGUCUUUUACCUUAUGUGUUUACAAGAUCAAGUCACAUAGUAAUAACAUUAGCACUCUCUCUACCUUUAUGAGUGACUUUAAUAGUUAAAGGAUGAAUCAAUCAUACACAACACAUGUUCGCCCAUCUAGUCCCUCAAGGAACUCCACCUGUCUUGAUACCAUUCAUAGUCUUAAUUGAAACAAUUAGAAAUAUCAUUCGACCAGGAACACUUGCUGUUCGAUUAGCUGCUAAUAUAAUUGCAGGCCACCUCCUGUUAACUCUUUUAGGUAAUACAGGUCCUACAAUAACAUCUUCUAUUGUCCUCUCAAUUCUUAUUUUCUCUCAAAUCUUACUCUUAACGCUAGAAUCUGCCGUUGCAAUUAUUCAGUCUUAUGUAUUUGCAGUUUUAAGAACCCUUUAUACUAGAGAAAUUAACUAA